AAGGCAGCUAUUGGAUGAAAACACUGACAGACAGGUGGGGACAAUCUCAACAGCAAGGGAGAGUUGUAAAUGGCACAGUGACUCCAGUGAUCAGGAGCGGACUGGCCUUGUUUGAGGACAAAAUUACAUGGUGGGGGCAUGUACCCCCCCUCCUUGCCAGUGUUUGUACUGAGCAGCUGCUGGUGUGAGGGAGACGUACAGCAGGAAAUCCCGAGGGGGCGCUCAGACAGGGGACUGUGCUACUGUGAAGUGAAGCCCUUAUUAGGAGAGUAAAGUUGGACGGUGGGUUGAAGACUGUGUCCUGCAUGAACCCGAGCUAGCUGUGGAUGUGGGAUCCCGCUGUCUGGAUGGCCACUGUGUGUAAAUGAUGCUGCGCUCUUCCUGGGUGGCCGUGCAUGUUGCUGCUCUGUUAUCUGGGUGCUGCUGAGGGGUGUCUGAGCUGCCCCUGUACCCAUGCUGAGCUGAAUCCUAGGCUGGCACUAGUGCAGGAACAUGGGCACGGGGAUGUGCAGCAGCAGGAGGCAGAAGAGUCUGCUCCAUACAGGCUUCUGUUUGCUGUUAGUGCUGGCCUUGGCCACCGGCAUCUUCCUAUACAAUCAUAUCGUACAGAAAGCCAAGAGCUCAGAAGCCCUGGCCCUGAGAAACAAGCAGCAGCAGGAGGCUCUGUCUGCCCAGCUACAAGUGGUCUAUGAACACCGCUCAAGGCUAGAACGUUCUUUGCAGAAAGAAAGGAGUGAACACAAGAAGACAAAAGAAGAUUUUCUGGUCUAUAAACUAGAAGCACAGGAGGCUCUGAACAAGGAGAAGCAAGAUUCCAUGAAUCGCUAUGGGGCUCUCAGCUCACAAAACAAGAUUCUCAAGAACCAGCACGAUGACCUUAAGAAGCAGUUCUCAGAUCUGCAAAAUGAGCACAGCAAUCUGAAGCUGGAACAUCGCAAAGCACUAGAGACCCACGGUCAGAGACUUUCUCAGGUGCAGAGGGACAAGGAGAAGGAGAUGCUUGGGCUGCAAGAUACAAUACUUAAGCUGCGUGAAGAAAGCAAGCUCCUCAGGAAGGCUCAUAACGAUGUCCACACGCAGCUCCGCAAUGCACAGAUGCAGAUGGAUGAAUUUCGGCAGCUUAAGGACGCAUUGAAGAAAAUGCCAAGUUUUAAGAACUCAGUUCCUGAAACUGAAAACCUGCAGUUGCCAUCCAAUAAACAGGUUUCUCAGUUGAAUGAUGCAUCUCAGAACCGCCUGGGAAAUUAUAGGUUUAUGGCUGAUCGGCCAAUACCUGGAGCAGAAAUGAAGAGGGUUUCACAUGGGCCUCUUCACAAACAGGACGGUGCUGUCUUUCAAAGUCCCUCAGAAGGGGUGACCCCUCAUGGAUCAUGGUCACAGAAUGAGAGCAUCAGUCACGUAGUACGAAUUGCCAGAACAGUAAACAGCCUGCAGAGUCUGAAGAAGGAUACAAACCAACAAGUGAUCCAGAAGGCUGAAGAAAGGCAAGACAUUGUUCCUGGGAUUGAGUUUAUUAGUGAUUUGCCAGCUGCCCCGGGCAGAGAAAGGCUUAAAGUUAGGAUUGUGACUGCCAAGGAACAGGUGCCAAUUCAGAGCUGGCAAGCCAUUGUCAACAAGGUGAAUGCCAGGAUGACAGAAGAAGACAUCAGAUUUGGCGCUAGUGAUGCUGCUGCCAAGUUGGAGAUGAGUAAUGCCAAUGUGCCUGUGGAUAAAUGGGACAAAGAGGCGGCACUUCCACCCAGUUACAAAAAGGCAGAAAAUAAUGAAGAACUGGAAAUGGAUGCCGGGAUGAUUGACAGAGAAGAAAACCUGCAGUCUCGGAAGCAGCACGUCGUACAGGAGCCAUUGGUUCCAGAUGAUGCUGCUGAUCCAGCCAAAGAUCCUAACAAUCAGGGGGAAGAUGAGUUUGAGGAGGCUGAGGUCGAUAGGCCUGAAUUUAAUCAUAAAGCAUCUCCCGCCGAGCAGCUGGUUCAGCCUCUGGCAGCAAAGGUGGCACAUGAAGCUGAGAGAUCCAGAGAAGAACCAGAAGACCACUACCAGGAUGACCAAGAACAAGACAUUGAGGAACAUGGCGGGGAGCUUGACAAUGGGGAUGAUUUGGAUGAAGAUCACAAAAGGGCAGAUACCCAAGAUAUAAAAAGCAAGAGAGAUGACUAUUACUGACUUGUUUUCUUAACUCCAGCACUGACAUAGAGAGAGAAGGAGGAUAAAGUGUCCCUUAGGGCAGUGCUGUAUGUUAUUUAUGCACUGCAAAGAGGACACUGCCGGACAGAAUGCUGCUUCUAGGGACAGGAGCCUGACACUCUGCAAGCGCCGUAUGGAGCCUCAUUUAUUAUGCUGGACUGUGGCCAGGCCACUCAGAGACUGGUGGUUCUAUUAACCCACGCGCUUUCACUUUGUUUCUCACCACGGAGAGAUCCCUGCAGGCAGUCCUGCUCUGUUGAACUUGUGCCUGCAUAUUUUUCUAGGGAUGUCAAGACCAGCAAAGCCAUUAUUGCAAAAAUGAACCUUUGUUUAAGUGUUCAGUGUUGUUUGUCUGUUAUGAAUUAUUCUCCAAUACAAAUCCAUUUUUUUAA